GCAGCUUCAGUCUGCACCAGACCUCCACCUGACAUCUUUAAAUACACCUGAGGAACAAUGUCUGCAGUCUACCUCCUCCUCCUGCUGCUCCCUCUGGUGUCAGCACAGACCUAUCACUGGGGUCCCUGUCCUACUCCCAAGGUGCAGCCCAACUUCAACCUUCAACAGUAUCUGGGCAGGUGGUAUGAGAUUGCGAAGCUCCCUGCUUCCUUCGAGAGAGGAAAGUGCAUCGAGGCAAACUACAACGUAAGGAAAGAUGGUACCAUUCAGGUGCUGAACUCUCAGUUCUAUAAAGACAAGGUGAGGGUAGCAGAAGGGACAGCUGUGAUUCCAGAUCUGAGAGAACCUGCCCAACUUGGAGUCAGUUUCUCGUAUUUUACACCCUACGCCCCCUACUGGAUUCUGUCCACCGACUACACCAGCACAUCCGUUGUGUACUCUUGCACUAACAUCCUCUACGUUUUCCACAUCGACUACGCCUGGAUCCUCGGCCGGUCGCGCUUCCUGCCUCCGGAGACUGUGAGUUACGCCAAAGAGCUGCUGAUGAACGAAGGGAUCGACCUGUUCAGGAUGAAGGCCACUGAUCAGAGCGGCUGCAAGGAUGACUAGGGAUUCAUGGAGACUUUCACUCAUUGCACUGUUUCCAGUCACAGCACUCCGAUAAAUCAGGGCUGA